AUGACGACGACGUCGCCGCGGCGGUCGACGAUCGGGAUCCUCCUGGGCCUCGGCAAGGGCGAGGACAAGGCGAACGGCGCCAAGUCGCCGCGGUCGAAGAAGCUCGCAUCGACGCCCAUCAAGGUCGCGCCGAAGGCGCGCAUCGUCGAGAUCCCGACGGGCCCGGUCGGGGUCAUCUUCGACGGGGACAGCUGCCCGCCGCGGAUCUCGCGCGUCGACGAGUCGAGCCCGCUGCGCGGGAGCCUGCGCGUCGACGACCAGGUGCUGUCCUUCACGCGGCCGGGCAUGGAGCCCGUGACCUGCGAACAGAUCUGCGGGCGGGACCUCGUCUUCGCGCUGAACCACUUCAAGGACGUGCCCGGCCGGUCCGUCGAGAUCGGCGUGCCGCGCGUCCAAAAGCUCGCGAUCCAGGAGGGCGCCGAGUUCGACUGCCGCCUGCCCCCGGGCCGCCUCGGCGUCGCCUUCGUCAACUCCGUCGUCGCCAAGGUCAACGCGGACAGCGUGCUCUUCGGCCGCGUGCAGCUCCGGGACGUGCUCCUCGCCGUCGACGGCGAGCCGCUGCCGUCGCAGGACACGGACAAGAUCAUCGCCUUCCUCUCCGAGAAGGACGACGGCAUCCUGCACCGGUCCCUGACGCUGCGCCGCGGCGACAAGAGCGGCCGCGCGGCGACGCAGACGGCCGACGGCACCGUGUUCCGCCUCGGCUACAUCGACACCAAGGCCAACACGGGCGCGACGAACCGCAAGCUCUCCAACUUCGGGCCCGACGACGGGCCGCCCGAGGGGCUGCGACCACCGGAGACCGUCGACGACUCCUGCAUGACCUCCGCAAUCCUCGCCCUCGCCCUCGCGGCCCCCGCCGACGCCGCGGGCCGCCGCCUCAAAGAGAACCUCGACAUGCACAAGUUGCUUGAUGCCGGGAAGCAGGGCCGCGUCGGCUCGAAGAUCAACUUCAAGCUCGACAAGGCCCACAAGCUCGUCAAACGGGGCCACACGGCCGACCUCGCGACCAACAUCGCCAAGAAGCUCCACUGCGCUCCCCCCAAGCGCAAGUUCCGCGACGCGGGCAAGCACGAGGCGUCGCAGAAGGCGUUCGGCCUCGACAUGUGGUACGAGACCAAGUGCGCGCACGAGACCUCCGACAAGAAGAAGGUCGCGGGCGCGACCCUCAAGAAGCUCAAGCACUUCCUCGACUCCGAGGACCACGACGGCGUCGCCUACAUCGAGCCCGAGCUCGAGCACAAGACCAUGUUCCAGGCGAACGACCCGGAGCUCGGCAGCCAGCCGCACUACGACGCGAUCAAGCUCCCGGGCGCCUGGGACACGACCAUGGGCAACCCGGACGUCGUCGUCCAGGUCAUCGACACGGGCAUCGACAUGGAGCACCCGGACCUCCAGAACAAUAUCUGGAAGAACCCCGGCGAGAUCUGCGGCAACGGCGUCGACGACGACAACAACGGCUACGUCGACGACUGCCACGGCUACAACUUCGCCGACGACACGGGCACGGACCUCAUGGGCAACCACUGGCACGGCACGCACUGCGGCGGCACCAUCGCCGCCGACACGAACAACGGCAAGGGCGUCGCGGGCGUCGCCGGCGGCGACGGGUCGCCCAACUCGGGCGCCAAGCUCAUGAUCGGCGUGACCUUCGGCGACUACUCCGUCGGCGGCUUCGCCGAGGCCCUCGUCUACGGCGCCAACAACGGCGCCCAGAUCUCGUCCAACUCCUGGGGCUACAUGCAAUCCGGCAUCUACGACCAGGCCGAGCUCGACGCGAUCGACUACUACAACUCCAAGGACGGCCUCGUCGUCUUCGCCGCGGGCAACGACGCUGACGACGGCGACUGGUACCCGGCCUACUACGACGGCGCCAUCGCCGUCGCCGCGACGGACAACGACGGCGUCGCCGCGGGCUUCACCUGCUACGGCGACUGGAUCGACAUCUCCGCGCCCGGCGUCGGCAUCUACUCCACCAUGGCCGACGAGGGCAACUACUACUCGAGCGGCGACUACGGCUACUCGGACGGCACGUCCAUGGCCUGCCCCCACGUCGCGGGCGUCCUCGCGCUCGGCAAGUCCGUGAACAUGGCCGCGGACCGCCGCCACCUCCUCCAGUGCAUGGCCGACACGGCCAUGGACACGGACGGUGCCAACUCGGGCACCUACGCCGGCAAGCUCGGCGCCGGCCUCGUCAACGCCGAGGCCUUCGUCGAGUGCGCGGCGAACGGCGCGCCGUCCAAGAGCCCGACCGUCUCGCCCGCGCCGACGACCGCGGCCCCGUCGCUGCGGCCGACGAUCAGCCCCGCGCCGACGCCGGACUGCGGCUGCCAUCAUGACGUGCUCGUUCGCGUCAGGACCGAUUGGUUCCCGCACGAGGCGAGCUGGACGUUCGAAUCGGUCGACGCGCCCGACGCAUGCGAAGACCUCCAGACGAAGGGGGGCCCGUGGGAGGAAUCUGAAACGACUUAUUCGGCCUAUGCCACUCAACACGCGUGCGAAGGUGUUGACUACAAGUUCGUCAUGCUCGACUCGUUCGGCGACGGCCUGUGCUGCAGCAACGGCGAGGGCGGCUUCGAGCUCGAGCUCGACGGCGAGGUCAUUCACUCGGGCGGGCAGUUCAUGACGGACGACGUGUUCGAGUUCAAGAUUUCCGCUGAUGGGGUCGAGACCAAUCCGACGCCCGCGCCCGUUUCUGGCGGCGGUGACGACGAAUGGAACUGGGACGACGACUUCUGGAACGACGACUGGGGCUGGUACGACGACGACUUCGAAGACGAGGACGCUCUCCCGACCAUGCAGGUCACCGAGGUGUACAAGGCGCUCUCCCACAAGAAGAUCGGCAAGCUCGCCAUCUUCUCCUGGGAGGCCGAGGAGGUGGACUCGGAUUACGACUACUCGUACGGCGAGUGGCGCAAGCUCGCGGGCAAGAACAAGAAAGACAAGAAGAAGGGCAAGAGCGGCUGCCCCAAGGGCAAGGCCGGCAAGGCCUGCCGCAAGGCGGAGAAGGAGGGGAAGUGGUUUUACUACGGCGAUUACUACUACGGCGAUAACGAGCCGGAGAUCUACGCGGGCAACUUCCGCCUCGAGAUCCGCUACGGCAAGAACGCGGAGUACGAGAUGCUCACGGAACAGGUCGUCGCGGAGAGCACGGACGGCAAGUACUACUUCGUCAUGCCGGAGGCCGACUGCGGGAAGAAGGUCCAGGUCCGCGUCACGGGCCUCGGCCCCGACGGGUACGAGACGGAGGCCGUGGAAUCCAAGGCCAAGAAGCUCAAGUGCUAGCGCGCACCCCUAAGAAAUUCCCUCCAAGUG